AUGUGUCGUGAAGUAUGUUCAAGUAUUGUUCAAAAACGACCAAAGAUGCUGGGAACUGUCAUAAAUCCAAUACAGAUUGAUGAGGCAAGAUUUGCCGGAAAAAGGAAAUAUAAUCGUGGAAGGUUACUUAAUGGCGAUCAACCCGCUUCAUCGGAAGACAGUGAUGCUGAAAUACACAACGGUAGAAACCAUGGACGAAGAGUUGAUGGACCUUGGGUUUUUGGGCUUAAAAAUGGUUCUGACUGCCGAUAUUUUUAUGUUCUUUGA